AUGGAGCAACCCUUGUACCGGCCACAGUAUCCACCAACAGAGCCGUAUGACCUUCUCCAUAUGGAGCUGCUCUUCCAUUUUGAGCACGAGCUAAGGGCCGAGAUGGAGUUUGGAGACUCGACACGGGAAAAUUUUCAACGGAUGUCCAUCAAGCAAGCACUCGGCACGCCAUAUCUCAUGGACGAACUCCUAGCACUAUCAGCCGCUCAUAUGAGCACCCUUCCUGGAAAGGACCAAGCAUUUUACCGAGCCGAAGCAACACGACUUCAAACAAGAGCCUUAUCGCAGUUCAAUCUUGCCAAAGCUGAGGUCUCAAACGAGAACUUCCUUGCAAUAUUUCUCUACUCGACUUGGCUCGGCCAACAUGUCUUGUUCGACACCUUCAUUCACCAAGGCAAUUUCGCGACAGUGUUGGAUAAGUUGGUGCACUGCAUGAACCUCCACCGUGGCAUUCGCACCAUCGUCGCCGGGUCCUGGAGUAUUCUGCGAGGUCAUCUUGUGGCACACCUAGGCCCAGAUUCACCGUUUGUGGAUAGUAUCAUCAUCGAGCCAGACGCGAUGGAAAGGGGCAGCGAAUGCGCGGGUCUGGUGGAACUUUUCGAUAAAAGCGAUCUCGGCGAGUCAACGCGCUCGGCAUGUCGUGAAGCGAUUGAUGCACUGCAGCUCAUGUUUGACGUGCAAAAUAAGCCUGGAAUAUCCCCAGGCAGACGGCGAGCGACCGUACAAGAGUGGUCAAUCAGAGUUCCAACGGAGUAUGUCAAUUUGUUAGACCAGCAGAGGCCGGAAGCCCUUGUGGUACUGGCGUACUGGGCCGUCCUUCUACAUUUGUCAAGGGAGUACUGGGCAUAUGCAAAUGCUGGCAAGGCUCUUGUCCAGUCUAUCUCUGCUCAUCUUGGCACAUAUUGGAGUGAGUGGCUGGCUUGGCCGCAGAAGAUGGUGGAUGGGCUUAGUGCAUGUACUCCCGUUGAUCCUUCUUUACAAUAA